CUGCUCGGGACCCGGCGAGGCGACGACUGGGUUGUCAUGGAACCGCGGGGCCGGGCGGGCGCAUGCGCCACUUGACCCGCAGGCUGGUCUUGGAGUGGCGACCCCGGCCCUAGGGCAAUCCAGAUGAAAAGAGUACUGGUGAAUUCACUUCCAGCCCAAUAAAACAUGGAGAGGAAAAACCCGCCCAGAGAGAGCCCCAGAAGACUCUCGGCCAAACUAGGCAAAGGCACAGAGAUGAAAAAAGUCGCUCGUCAACUCGGCAUGGCAGCGGCCGAGUCUGACAAGGACUCUGGAUUUUCAGAUGGGAGUUCGGAAUGUCUGAGCUCCGUGGAGCAGAUGGAGUCCGAGGACAUGCUGAGCGCCUUAGGCUGGAGCCGGGAAGACAGGCCAAGACAGAGCUCCAAGUCUGCAAGCAGCGCCUUCCCUACACUGUCCCCCAUGGUCGUCAUGAAGAACGUGCUGGUCAGACAGGGCAGCAGCUCGUCCCAGCUCCAGUCGUGGACCGUCCAGCCCUCCUUCGAAGUGAUCUCAGCGCAGCCGCAGCUCUUGUUCCUUCACCCGCCGGCGCCGUCUCCUGUCAGCCCAUGCCACACGGCCGAGAGAAGGUCUGACUCCAGGAACUACUUGCCCAUUCUGAAUUCUUACACCAAAAUAGCCCCGCACCCGGGCAAGAGGGGCCUUUCCCUCAGCCCGAAAGAAAGAGAAUGUGGAGUGCAGAAGAAAGUCUGUACCGAGAGACUUGGGCCGAGCCUGCCUGCCAGUGAGCCUGCCAAGACGGCUGCUGUGUCCUCCAGUCCCCCGACGGCAGCGCCCCCCAGCACCAGGCUGGCGGAGGACUCGGCUCUGCAGGGUGUGCCCUCCCUGGUGGCAGGCGGAAGUCCACAGACUCUUCAGCCGGUGUCCAGCAGCCACGUGGCUAAAGCUCCCAGUCUGACCUUUGCUUCCCCCGCCAGCCCUGUCUGUGCAUCAGACAGCACUCUGCAUGGGUUAGAGAGCAGCUCCCCCCUUUCACCACUGCCAGCUACUUACAGCUCGCCUUUGUGGGCCGCGGAGCACCUGUGCCGCAGCCCAGAUAUCUUCCCAGAGCAGCGGCACAGCAAGCACAGGCGCUUUCAGAACACCCUAGUGGUCCUGCACAAGUCCGGCUUGCUGGAGAUCACCUUGAAAACCAAGGAGCUGAUCCGUCAGAACCAGGCAACACAGCUGGAGCUGGACCAGCUAAAGGAGCAGACCCAGCUGUUUGUAGAGGCCGCCAAGAGCAGGGCUCCUCAGGCAUGGGCCAGGCUGCAGGCAUCGUUAUCAUCCGGGUCUGGUCAUGCUGGCAGUGACCUAGAAGCGUUCUCUGAUCACCCAGACAUAUAGCACAGAAGGCAGAUUUCCUGUUACUUGAGGGUUUUUUUGUUUUUUUUUUAACUCUUGCUGUUAUCUUACUCCUGUUUCCUAAAGCUUGUGUAAGAGCUUUUCCUUCUGCACUUAAACUGUUGAGCGGUUCACUUACGCAGCCACAUGCCAAUACCUGGCUGCUGUCUUAACCUGUGGUCUAUGUACAAUUUACAUACAUCUCUGUUCCACUGAGGACCUCAGAUUCGGGGCGUCCUUGAGUCCCUUUUCCUUAGCCUGCAGGCACUUAUAUGGAUCACGGGGCACAGCAGGAGAGAUGAGUGUGUGGGGUUCUAGCUGUCACCUCCCACCAUCCCACUCACUCACCUUGAUCAGAGGUGCAGUGACAUGGAUGAAUAUACCGAGUGACACCUGUCAAGCCAGGGAGUAGGUGACAUAAGGAACCCUUCAUAGAUCUUCCCUUGAAUAUCUUAGAGAAAAGUAAGAGGAGGUGUGUUUGCAUUCCUUAAGGCACUGUGGCAUCUAGGCGAAACCUAAAAUGCUCUGGGCCCUGGGUGCACACAGUCACUUAAAGUUGUGUUUUCUUAAACUUGAAAGUCAAGGGGAAAGGGUUGUACCUUUUAACUCUGACACUUUCAUCAACCAGGUUUCUCUUCCCUUAAACUGGUAGGCAGAAUAACUUCAGAUUUCUAAAGUGUGGAACGGAUUCAGUACCAUCUGGAAUUACAGUCGACGCGUUGCUUUUUUGAGUUAGAGUCUGAAGAAACAUAUGGUCGGUAUCUCUUGGUCAGGGGCUGGAAUAUUCUGGCAAUUUGUGCUUUUUUUCUCCUUUUGAAACAAUGCAACUUGUUUUUUGUGUGAAAAUCUUAAAGCUGGCUUCAUGGUUCUGAGAGUGAGUUAGCAAGUGGUGUAAAUUAACCCCUCCUGCCACUUUUUCUUCUUUUGUUUUCUAAAAGAGGAAAUAAGUGAUUACUAAGCUCAAUAGACUUGGGAUUAAAACCAUCCUGAGGUUGUGAAAUAUAAGCCCACAAAAUUGGAAAACAUUCUCACCAGUCUUUGCCCCCCAAGUUCUCAUUGUCGCGCGUGUUGCAGUGAGGUGUCGCGGUCAGGGGCGGCUCCUGUGUUCCUGCCCUGCGUGCGGUGCUGUUGGCAGCAGACCCGGAGGCGGGCGCUGCUCAUGCGGCUUCGCCUGGGAGCGGAGGCUGCGACGGCAGCUCACAGCCGGUACACCUUCGUUCCCCUUCGCUGUGAAGGCGGACUGGAUUCCCAGGAAAGCUUCCAGCUUCUCUGGCUAGAAAAUUCCUUCCUCUAGAGAAUCUAACUUUGGGAUAACCAGCUUUUCCGCAGGAAAAUGUUCGAGUUUUAACAAGGCCAAGAAAAGCUAAAGCCCAGAUUUGCCAGGUGGUGGUAACUCGGACGUAGUUUUAAAAUUAUGAGGCUUUGGAUCGCCUCAAUUUGUUCUCAAACAUGUAUGAGUUAGGUAAGACCAACUUAGAAAUAAACAAGUUAGUAAAAUCUCUAGACUCCCCGAUCACUGCAGAAUUAUUACCUGCCAUUUGCUUUCUGGAAGUUUCAAAAUUCAGAGCCAUUGUGUCUUUAAGCAGAAGCGGCUCCUUUAAAUAAUUUUGUCUUGGCCUAGCCGCUUUGCCUCUCCGAAUCUCUGGGACUACAGCAGCUCUGCUGUGCGCACCAUGCUAGGAAGCUUCCUUUUUGGCAGAAUGUGUUUGGCAGCAGAGCUGUAGAGACAGGUGCAUUCAGAACAGCCUGGGCACGAGUCAUGAGUCUUAAUGAGUGUCAAAAAUCUGAACACAAUUGCUGAGAACCAAAUUUAUUCCAUUGGAAAAACCCUCUGUGGAGCUCUGAGCCUCUUGAACUCUUCUUCCUAGAUUCAGGUUUGCAUUUCCCUUCCGGUCGUGGUAAAAGAUGUUGGAAGCCGGCACUGAUCCUCACGGCUCUCCUCUGGUCUUGUAACUUGGUGCUGGAGUCUCGCUAAGCUCUUAGCACAGGUGCUUUUUCCCUAGUGGAGCUGUAGGCCGGUGAAGCCAAGUGGAGAAGCUAGAUCUUGGAAGGAGAAUCCAUGGAAGCUAGCAGACAUUUGGGGCCAGAGCCAGAUCAGCAAAGGCAGGAACCUUGGAGUGGACCGGAAGACCUCGUUGGCUGCACAAGGCUGCAGGUAGCGAUGACCUGGUCCUGUAUGAUGUCCUGUGGCAGAGCUGCUGUUUCCUGAACGUGCGAAGCCAUCCGUAGCUCAAACUAGUCCUUAAGAGAACUCCUGGCACAUUUUGUUGGCAAUACCGAAACACAUCUAGAAAAAACUGCUGAUUAAAUUGGUUAUGGGAAUGGAGUUUAAUGACAUUGUAAUUUAUUACUCUCAUUGCUGUUUAUUGAUUAUAGUAUUGGCUGACUUGACUGAUUCCUUCAGCAGAAAAGUAACUCUCAUGCAUAUAUCAAAGUGUUUUUCCAGCUAUGAAUUUUUUAGGGUAGAGAUUUAUUUACCAAAUGUGAAUUCUUUUGAGGAAGUAUGAAGUUUUGUAGAAAUUGACUGUGAAAUAUCAGAGAAAAAUAAAAGUCACUUGAAAGCUA